AAUGCGGUUAUUUUUUUUUCUGGAAGCGUAAAUUUAAAAUAUCAUGUUAAACUCGAAAUCAACUUUUAAAUCAAGUCUAAUCAUACCAAACAUCAUCAUAGAUAUAACAAGACAACAUGGCUACUGCUAAGUUCAAUCCCAAUAAGUUACCCGACUUCAUCAAGAUUGAUGAUAUAAUGUCGGGAAGGAUAGAUCCUCAGUUAAUAUAUCAAGAAUUAAAUCGAUUGAAGGUAGAGUUAAACAUUCUUCGAAAUGAUAUGAAUAACUUUCUUAAGGUGUUGAUUGAUAUACCAACAAAUGCUAAUGGAGAUAUAAAUGAACAUGAAUAUUUUAAGAUAAUUUCAUCCCGAUUAAAGACAUUGAAAGAGACGAUAAAUGAAUAUUGUUUGGAAUAUAAUCGAUUAUUACCAAUCAUAAAUCUUGCUCAGAUUAAAUUAGGUCAUGAGGUAGAGAUCUUGCCUCUUCCCAAUAACAACAAAGCUAAUUCAAACACUGCUAAUGGGAAUACUGGAUCUACCACUACUAAUGGUAUGGUAAAUAACAAUAAUAUUAAUAGCAAGAGAAAUUCAGUAGUUAAGAACGCUGGAUCUAAUGCCACAAUCCCCACCACAUCUACAGCAAACGGAGGUAAAGCAGGUGCUAAUGUAAACCAACCCAUUGUUCUAUAAAAUAAUAAUGUAUAUAUAUGUCUUAUCUUACUAUAUAAUAAUAAUGAUAAUAGCUUAUUGCUUCGUAUAAUGUAUGAGUUGUAGUAGAGAUAUAGGGUUACCCUGAACUGACUCAUUUUUGACAUUUUUUC